ACCUGUCACUCACAUCAGUGUCUAUGUCGCCAUCGUGAAGACGAGCUGAGCGCAAAAAAGCGUGGACAGACUGGUCGUCAUGCCAACAGUCAAGGGCAGGAAGAGGAGGUCUAAGAAGGAAGUCAACAAUGGUGAUGGUGAAGUGGUGUGUGUGCAGGUAGGGACUGAGGAGUUGACCAAUCAGAACAGAGAAGCAGCAACGCCGGACUUCCUCGAUGCAGCGGCACCACAGAAGAAAAAGAAAAAGAAGAGGACGCCGACUAUUGAUCAGCAGGUGGAGCUUGUCGACACGCCAAAUGGGAACACGGCCGAAGCCGAGGUGGACGACGAGGAAGCCGCGGUCGCUGUGACCAGACGGACCAAAAAGAAGAGGAAGACCAAAUACCCGGAGCAUCACAGCAACGACCUUGGAGCGGAAGAUGACGACAUUGCGGCGGACGCCCCCUCGCCCAUUCCCCAGCAUUCCUUGUUCUCCGCCCCCCAUGGAAACAGUCAACCCGUUGGCAGAGUCUUUGUGGAGAGGAACAGGCGUUUCCAGCCUGAGCGAGUGGAGCAGUUCCGACAUCCCGACCAGGUGGACGACUACUUGGAGCCCAGACAGAUGAUGUGGACCACCAGAGACAUUGCCGUCAAGGUCCACAGCAGCUUCAGGUGUGAUGGCAUCGUUAUCGUGCGGCAUCUUUGCUUGCUCUGUAUCACAUGGUACGAUGGUAGGGUUCUGGGCCUGUUCUGCCACGGCUUCCUGUCAGGCUACGCCAUAUGGAACGUGAGCGUGGUGUACGUCCUGGCGGGUGAGCACAUGUCCACGCUGGCCAACCUUCUACAGCAGUAUCACUCUCUGGCCUACAACGCGCAGUCGCUGCUCUACCUGCUGCUCGCCAUCAGCACCGUGUCUGCCUUCGACCGAGUCAACCUGGCCAAGGCCUCCAUGGCUCUGAGGGGCUUCAUCACGUUAGAUCCCGCUGCUCUCGCAUCCUUCUUGUACUUCAUAGCGUUGAUCCUUUCCCUCAGUCAGCAAAUGACCAGCGAUCGGAUUCACCUCUAUCCCACCGCCAACGAGACUCUUUGGCCUCGUGGAUCCGAGGAGCAGAUCUUGCGACCGUGGAUUGUAGUCAACCUGGUGGUGGCCGUACUGGUGGGCCUGGCCUGGGCCGUCAUCUCCACGCGGCCGGAUGUUGACUACACAGAAGAGUUCUUGAUGUCCAUGGAGGUUGACAGCUAUCCCAGAGGCGAUGAGAAUGUGGACAUCCCAGCCUAAGAUCUUGUUUGAAAUCAAGAAUUCCCAGUAUUUAUAUUCAAAAUCUAUUUUUUACUGUAAUUCUUUUACAUUUUUUGUCCAUUGUAAUUUUGUGAAUUUAAGAAAUAAAGUAGCAAAUUGUUGUGCC